AUGCUUGGUCCAAAGUGGAGGCCGCUCUCUGCGUAUCCUCAGCCUGGCUAUGGAGGCCGCUCUCUGCGUAUCCUCAGCCUGGCUAUGGAGGCCGCUCUCUGCGUAUCCUCAGCCUGGCUAUGGAGGCCGCUCUCUGCGUAUCCUCAGCCUGGCUAUGGAGGCCGCUCUCUGCGUAUCCUCAGCCUGGCUAUGGAGGCCGCUCUCUGCAGCUCGGGGGUCAGUCACACCCGCCGGCAACACAUUACGCUGCUCAUACCGCCAACGCUGGGGUGUGAUGAGAGUCGGAGUGGUGGGGUGACCUCUGCUCGGGGUGUGAUGAGAGUCGGAGUGGGCGAGGCGUCUGGCGCCGUGACAGCUUCUCAUGUGUCGGAUGUGCUGGGACUUGUCCGAGGUCAGCGUGCGAGCCGGGAGCUGUGCGUGCUACGGGAAGACUACGGCACGCCCGCCAGGUUAAGGAAAUCUCGGCGCGGCUCCGUUGUCGGGGGAAGGGUUAACUCGCCCCCGGGUUGGCGUAAUCUAUCCCAGAAUGCUCGGGGCUGCCGGCGAGCCGGGACACGUUCCCAUGAACAGAAGCCCUUUCAUCCGCCGAAGGGCGCCGAUUGGCUGCGGGUGACAUCACAGGCGGCGGCGAGGUCAUCUGUCUGCUCUCGUAACACCGGCCGUGACCUCGGGGAGAGUCUUCUGCAAUCAUUGCGGCGCCGGGUGGAGCGCGAGUGUUGUGGCGGUGAGAGCGACGCCGCCUUGUAUCAUCACGCCGCCAUCGAAAGUUCCGUCUCGUGGUUUGUGCCGCCUAGAGCGCGUCUGAUGCCGGCGCAGCGUUUUGGGUGGAGUGCCCCUUUUAUUCCCCUGCGUGGAAUCCGUACGUUUGGCGUUCCUCUUGUGCUCUGCUUGGCGCGCCCGGCCGGGGGGUUGAGACGCCGCUCCGCGCCGAGGAUCAUCGCUGACAGUUUCCUAAUUGAUGUGGAGAUUCUGAUCCUGUGUAAUUCGGAUCUCCCUCCGCCGACGCCGCACCGGGUGAUUGGUUACAAUGCUCUGCAGGCCUCUGUCCGGUUGCAGGUUACAAUGCUCUGCAGGCCACUGCCGGCGGCAGGUUGCAAUGCUCUGCGGGCCUCUGUCGAUGACAUUGAGAUGCUCUGCAGUCUAAGCCGAUAUGUGGCUCUUCAGGAGCCGCCAAUCAUCCACAGAGGAUCGGAGCUCUGCCUUAACCCCGCGUGCGCCGGCCUCAGUGUGGAGUCCUUACCUCGGAGUCAUGGGGGGGAGGGGGUUGCUGUGUGGAGCCGUAUUGUCCGCGUCCCCCCGGGUCCCCUCCUGCGGGUGGAAGGUACCGAUAUUGCCAUCUCCUGUAACGUCAGUGACUAUGAGGGCCCCAGAGACCAGAACUUUGAAUGGACGUUUUCCCCGGGUUCGGGCCCCGCGGUGGGGGUCCUCAGUACCUGGGAUGAAACCUUCACAGACCCCAAGCUUUCAGACCGGGUGAGCGCAGGCGGCAUCCAGCUCCAGAGAACGGGGAAUAGUGAGGUCCUCCUCCGGAUACGACAACUGAAGACCUCCGAUGAGGGUAACUACACCUGCUCCACUCCCAGCACCGACGCCACCGUCAGUGGGAACUAUGAGGACCACGUGCAGCUGAAAGUGAUCUCCGACACGCUGAGACUGCAGGGCCCGAAGGGUCGUACGACCAGCGCCCGCAACGUGACGGAAGGCGGGUCUUUCCAGCUGCAGUGCCAGGCGGGCGUCUCCGAAGCCGCAGCUCACACUCACCUGUCCCUGACCUGGGAGCGCCAGACAGCAGGCUCCGCCUCCGAGGUCCUGACACUGACCCACCUGGGGCGUUUCCAGCCCGGACCAGACUAUGCCGCCCGAUACGGCACCGGGGAAGUGCGGCUGGACACGGCCGGAACCGAUCAGUACCGGCUGGCUGUAGAUGGCGCCCUGUCAACGGAUGGAGGGGAAUACAGCUGUGUGGCCCAGACCUGGGUGCAGGGGCCCAACGGAUGGGAGAAGAUCCAGGAGAAGAAAGUGGGCGUGGCUCAGGUGGCGGUUCAGCCAAUGGAUCUGACGGUGACCCUGCCGGUGAAGGAGGUGAAGGUUCCGGAGGGGGAGCCCCUCGCCCUGUCCUGCCAGGUGUCUCGGGACUCCAAUGUUCCGGUGCUGAUCCAGGCACGCUGGUUCCGGUCUGACGGUGCAAACAGUCAGGAGGUGCUCGGUGGACCCGACCCAGAACCGUCCCCGGAGCGGACCGUCACCCGCAAGCUGGAGGUGCCCCAGGCCCGGCUCUCGGGGGAUUACACGUGUAUGACUCUUCCUACAUCCGACCUCCUGCCGGGCUGUGCGAUUAGCGCUCCUCGCCUCAGCGCCUCCAGUACCAAGCUGCAGAGGGAUGCCGCCAUCUUCUUACUCUCCGCUCUCUCUCUCUCCGCAGUGCCGGACCUCCAGGUGACGCUGAACGCCUCCGUUCUCCCCCAGAUGGCGGACGAGCCCACCGAGCUUCUGUGUCACAUGACUGCUCCGGGUGAGCCGCGGCUGUCCGCGUCCUGGUAUUUCACGCCGUCCCAGGCGCCGGACCCCGCCGCGGCCAUGUUGGUGGGCUCCAUGAACCAGGACUGGACCCUGCAGGCGGGAAGAUUUAUAGUUUCUGUUGACUUCGGACUCGCCGUGGCCGCCAGACCAAUGCAGACGGUGUCGGCGGCGGGAGGAACCUUCGAGAUGAUGUGCACGGUCCAGCCCAAGAAUAUCCCCUUCCCCCAGUACUCUGUGCAGGUCACACUGACACCCCCGGACUCCAGCCUGGCCCCCCUCAAUGUCCUCUCCCUGAACCGGGAGGGGGUGAUCCAUCGGAUGCAGUCCGCUGGGAGUCAUACCUUCCUGGAGAAAGGGAAGGAGGGCGUCUAUACCUUCCUGGAGAAAGGGAAGGAGGGCGUCUAUAUCUUCAGGCUGCACCAAGCACAGAACCACAACAGCGGAGCCUAUCGGUGCGCGAUCGUGGCCUGGACGCAGGGCGGGGGCGGAGCCUGGCGGAUGGUGGGGAAUCAGACCAGCAAUCCGGUACAGCUGGAGUUCCAGAAUUCAGACUUCGGACUCGCCGUGGCCGCCAGACCAAUGCAGACGGUGUCGGCGGCGGGAGGAACCUUCGAGAUGAUGUGCACGGUCCAGCCCAAGAAUAUCCCCUUCCCCCAGUACUCUGUGCAGGUCACACUGACACCCCCGGACUCCAGCCUGGCCCCCCUCAAUGUCCUCUCCCUGAACCGGGAGGGGGUGAUCCAUCGGAUGCAGUCCGCUGGGAGUCAUACCUUCCUGGAGAAAGGGAAGGAGGGCGUCUAUACCUUCCUGGAGAAAGGGAAGGAGGGCGUCUAUAUCUUCAGGCUGCACCAAGCACAGAACCACAACAGCGGAGCCUAUCGGUGCGCGAUCGUGGCCUGGACGCAGGGCGGGGGCGGAGCCUGGCGGAUGGUGGGGAAUCAGACCAGCAAUCCGGUACAGCUGGAGUUCCAGAAUUCAGGUCCCGUCUUCAAUGUGACGGCUCACUCGGACAGCUCCAGCGUUUACCUCGGCGAGAGAGCCGAAAUCUGGUGCAUCGUGACCAUUGACGGGCCGGCCGUGGUUCCAGCGGAUAUGGCCUUCGAGGUCUCCUGGUACGCCCAGAGACCGAGCGGCUCCGCCGUCUUCCUGGCCUUGAUGGAUCGCGCGUCUCUGGUCCGGCACGGGCGCAGGAACAGCACCAGUGAGGUGUCCAUGGAGCGGAUCAGCGACAUGGAGUACAGGCUGCGGGUGUACGGCUGUGAGGAGGAAGAUGCCGGCGGCCAUUACUGUACGGUGACCCCCUGGGUGAGGACCGGCGAGGGCGGCUGGAGCAGGCAGGAGACUCUGACGUCUUCCCGGGUGGCCAUCAACAUCAAGAUGCAUU